UUAAAAAGAUAUAUUUGCAUAUAGAUGGAAUUUAAAAAGAAAAAGAAAAAAAAAGAGUUGGGAUUGGGAGUAGUAUAAGUAGAAGUAGAAAAAAUGAGAAAGCACAUGCAAAUUUUGGGUGAGAGUUGACACAUUGGCUUCUUUAUCCCAGAAGCUGUCAGCUUAAGAGCUGCUGACCCUUCCGCCGCUUACUUAAAUUCCUCUUCCUUCUUUUUGUUUUUUAGCGACUAUAUACAUAUAUAUAUAUUUGUUCAUCUUUUAGGACAUCGUCUUGUUGAUUAUCACUGUUAUACGGUGUAUUUAACAUCAUGAAAACAAUGGGUUUUGUUUUCCUUUUGCUAGCAUUUUUUGCCAUUGGAGUUGUUCAAGGCCAACUAAGAGUGGGGUUCUAUUCAAACACAUGCCCAGAUGCUGAGUCCAUUGUGUCCAGCGUUGUUCGAAAUGCCGCUCAAUCUAUCUCCAACAUCCCUCCUGUCUUGCUCAGGCUCCAUUUCCAUGACUGCUUUGUUGAGGGCUGUGAUGGUUCAAUCCUGAUAGAAAAUGGUCCAAAAGCAGAGAGGCAUGCAUUUGGUCACCAAGGAGUUGGGGGAUUUGAAGUGAUAGAGCAAGCCAAAGCUCAGUUGGAAGCUACAUGUCCGGGAGUGGUUUCUUGUGCUGAUAUAGUUGCCUUGGCAGCUCGAGAUGCUAUAGCUUUGGCAAAUGGACCAUCAUAUGAAGUUCCAACAGGGCGUAGAGAUGGAAGGGUUUCGGAUGUUUCUCUGGCGGCCAAGAUGCCAGAUGUAAGUGACUCAAUCCAGCAACUUAAGGCUAAGUUUCUUCAGAAAGGGCUCUCUGAGAAAGACCUUGUGCUUCUCAGCGCGGCGCAUACAAUUGGAACGACAGCUUGUUUUUUCAUGACGAAACGGCUUUACAAAUUCUCACCUGCUGGGGGUUCAGACCCUGCAAUAAGCCCUGAUUUUUUACCACAGCUGCAAUCCAUUUGCCCACAGAAUGGAGACGUGAAUGUGAGGUUACCAAUGGAUCGAGGCAGUGAGCGGACUUUUGAUAAACAGAUACUUGACAACAUCAGGAAUGGGUUUGCAGUGUUGGAAUCUGAUGCCAGGCUAUACGACGAUGAAACUACCAGGAUGGUAGUUGACUCCUAUUUUGGAAUCCUCACUCCUAUUUUUGGACCAUCUUUUGAAUCUGAUUUCGUUGAUUCCAUUGUGAAGAUGGGCCAAAUUGGUGUCAAAACAGGGUCCAAAGGAGAAAUCAGGCGUGUUUGUACAGCUUUCAAUUGAAUCAAAUUAUACUGCAAAUAUGUCAUCACUACACAUUGGUUAAUUCCUAGCAAAUACAUGCAUUAAUUUACGUUGUAUACACUAUUGUCAACAUUAUGGUUUUAAAGUUGACAUUUGGGCAUUUUAAUGUACUUGACAAAUUAAUUUCUGUAUUAAUUGUAUGGUUUCCAAGUUUAUAAAACGAUGGAACCGUCGGUUGAAAUAUAAGUCUCACGCAAACCAAAUGUUUCGACUCUCGACA